GUGCCGGUUCAUGGAAGUGGCUGUGUGAAGUUUAGACGAAAAGAAGGCGAACGUCGAGUCGACAACAUCAAACAGUUCGUUCUUUUUGGAACGAGCGAGAAUAUUCAUCAGCUCAACAGUCAAUAGAACAACGGCUAGCUUCUGCUGGCACCGUACUUUACUUGGUAGCAUUGCACGCUUCAGGUCAAUCCUGACCAGAAGACACGCGCUCAAUCAUGGCAACCAUGUCACAGCUCACACGACUCAUUGGGCAUGGUGCGCAGCAGCGCACAUUUGCUCGCUUUUUGACGCAUAGUUUGACUACGAAAUCCAACACAAGAUGCCUUUUCGGUGGCAGCAACUGGAGCGGGAGGAACCGCGACCUAGCACCACCUCAUUGCACGACAACCCCAGCUACACGCUACCUGCAAAGCCCGUUGCUAUUCACAAGAAGCAGAAGCCUUGGUCACAAGUCCACACAGCCGACGCCAGCUCCAGUUGCCACCAACAAGACGGACAGCAACGCUUCAUCCACAACGGCCACAGACCUUUUUGGGGAUGCAGCAAGCAAGGGGCUGUUCGCAAAGUUCAGGCACAUGUACAAGCAGUAUUGGUAUGUGCUGAUCCCGGUCCAUUGCGUGACCUCGAUCGGCUGGUUCGGCGGCUUCUACUAUUUGUCGAAGAGCGGAGUAGAUGUGCCCUCGCUGCUGCAGUACGUGCAUCUUAGCGAAACCAUUAUUGAGAAGGUACAGUCCUCGGACAUGGGACACUAUGCCAUCGCUUAUCUGUGCUAUAAAGUGGCUACCCCAUUGCGAUACGCUCUCACGUUGGGCGGCACCACUGUGUCCAUCAAGUAUCUGGUGCAACGGGGACACAUCAAGCCGAUUCCCAGCAAGAACGAACUGAUCAAGAUGUACGAGGACAAGAAGGCAACGCGUGCUAGUGCCAAGGCGGACAAGGCCGAGAAGGACGGGAACAAAUGAUCGAUGGACAGUGGCAACGCUGCCUUCUGGCAGCUAUUGCCAUUGUCCUUGACGACCUCGAAACGUUUCGGUGCAUGCAAGUGGCGCUCAGUUGACUGGUUGCCUUUUUUGUUAAACUGUUGCCUUUUGCUUGGCAGACGCGGACGGGAGUACCGGUGCUCUACAAACUUAACUUUACCUCGCCCUGGCCCGGCCCAAACCAAACAUAUAACACAAAAGCCACCCUCUGGUGAUUGCUCAUCCGGGGAGCCGUCGCCAGGUGGCCGCCUAAAAUGAGGCCUAAUUCUAAUACCCCCAACACUCCCCGCCACCACGCUUAGAGCCGUGCAAAAUUAAAUAUUUUGUAAUUACAUAUAUUUGCAUAGUUCUCUGUUAGUUAUGAAACCGUUUGAGGUCGCCGCAGAGGCACCCACAGAAACACCUCCCCAGACACACACACGACACACACACAUGUGUAGACAGAUAAAGGCAGGCGUCAGUAAAUAAAAUUUAGCAGUUAUAUAUUUUUUAGAUGUAAGAGUGAGUUGUCGCAAAACAAUAAUAAGUUCACUUUUAUUAAAUGAAAAUCAAAAUAUAUGAAAGCCAAACUGA